AUGCCACUGCAAGUUGAUGGUUUGAAUCAGAAUGUGAACUCAAGGGCCUUGUCAGCUCCGAAUCUUGGUGCACUGGAUUUUCCUGCACUUUCUGUGGCUGAUGAUCAGAAUGGUGUGCAGAAACGUGCUGGAGAUGAUCUCCAACAAAGCAUUGAUCCUUAUCGGUCUUCUGAAAAGGACAGCAUGCUUUUGUUCAAAUCGAGCUCGUCAAUUUUGUCCAGAGGGGCUGUAGAUUUUGCUUCAGCUGUCAGGAAAAUGGCCUCUCAGGAUUCUGAUUUGUGGAAGUAUGAUCGAAAUGGUUCUGCAGAUGUUAGUGUUGGCUCAAGUAGAAGCUCACAUGUCUUGGCUAGCUCUAACAAUGGCAGUCAGGGGAGGGGCAUUUAUGGUGAGAGGUUGCAGAGUCGGAGUUCAGCUCGUGCAGCUCCUGUCUGGCUUGAAACUGGCGAAGCAGUGGCAAAUAUGUAUUCUGAAACGCGGGAGGAAGCUCGUGACCACGCCCGCCUACGUAAUGUUUAUUUUGAACAGGCACGGCAGGCAUACCUCAUUGGCAACAAGGCUUUGGCCAAGGAACUGAGCUUGAAAGGGCAGCUGCACAACAUGCGAAUGAAGGCAGCUCAUGGGAAAGCUCAAGAGUCUAUAUAUCAUCAAAGGAACCCAGUUAGUCCAGAGAUGCAGAACAAUGGGAGAGGGCAGGAGAGGAUAAUAGACCUGCAUGGGCUACAUGUUAGUGAAGCUGUUCAUGUCCUGAAACGUGAGCUGACUAUGUUGCGGAGUGUGGCUAGGUCAGCCGAUCAGCGCCUGCAGGUUUAUAUAUGUGUUGGAACGGGCCAUCACACAAGGGGCUCUCGCACUCCGGCAAGACUUCCAAUUUCCGUUCAACGCUACCUGCUUGAGGAGGGUCUUGACUACUCUGAGCCACAGCCAGGCCUCCUCCGAGUUGUGAUAUACUGA